AUGAGUGAUAAACCAACAUUCAAUGAAAUGAAAGAAAAAAUCAAAGAAUUAGAAUUGGUAAAAGAAGAAUUAGAGGAAAUAAACAAAAAAUUCUUCCAAGAAUGUGUAACACUCGAUCAGAAGAUUCAAACUUUAAUGGAACAAUCAUGGUCAGUAAAUCAUAAUGAAAAUUCACAUAUAGGCACACAUUUGUCUGAAUUAAAUGAUCAAAUAACCAUUAAAGAAAACGAUCUUUUAAGUUUAAAACUUAAAACAUCGAAGGAGUUCAUCCAAAUGGAAAAUGAAGUUGCUAGACUUCUUAACGAUAAUGAAAAUUUUAAACAACAAUUAAAAGAAUGGAGCUUAAUAAAUUCUAAAAAAUUAAAUUCAAAUGAUAACUUGUCUGGUCAACAAGAAUCCACGAUAUCACAACAAUCA